AGGAGCCUGCAGAGGCUCUCAGCAAAGUGGAAUGAAUCUACACUGGUAAGAAUCAGCCAUGAACUACAACAACAUCCAAGCAAGGCACUGAUAUGGCACCUUUUCUCCAAAGAUCUGCCAAGUGAUUUACAAAGGAGGGUAAGCAACAAAAGGCAACAAAAAACUUCAAGUCAUGCAAGAAAAGAAGAAAAAGAAAAUGAAAACAAAAGCCAGUUCACUUCCAGACAUCUCCAUUCUUAAAACGUUUAUGAAAACCUAUGAAAGGCAUUGUGCCCUUUCCCAAAGCUCUGUCAGUGUCACAAUCAAACAGAGUUUAAAAAGAUGCCUAGGGAAUGAAAUAGUUCUUACUAAGUUUGUGCUUACAAGCUCUGAGAACUCAAGAGGAGAUGUGCAGCUGGUCUCCCUCACUCCCUUACUAAGGACAAUUAGAGAUGAACGUUAUAUGUUGGGAAAGGAACUUUGUAUCUGGGGAAUACAGCUAAGCAAUCAAGAUAUUGCAAACCUUGCACUGCUUUUGGAGCUGGAUGGACGUACCACCUACCCUUUCUGUAGCCUAGAAAUCAUACAUACUGUAAUAGAUGCAUGGUCUGUGGAACGACUUGGAGCAGCUUUGCCUGUCAGCAACUUGAGCUCUCUUGUACUGGAUUAUACUAAGUUUGGAGAUAAAGGAAUCAAUGGACUUGUUUCUGGCUUAAAGGGCAACAGAAAACUUAUAACUCUCAGCCUAUGCUACUGCAAUUUGGGACCUGAAAGUGGGACAGAGUUAGGCCCCAUCGUGGCUCAAGCUGCCAUUUGCAAUCUGUAUCUGAAUGGUAACAACUUGCAAUGCUUGGGUGCCCUUGAACUCAUCAAGCCAAUAGCUGUUUAUGCAAACAAUCUUGCAAGAGAUAAGGAAAUAAAUACCAUGAAAUUCAGCAAUGCUACUGGUCAUCAGAUGCAUGAAGUAGGCAAAGGUUUAAAUGUGCAUUCAGCAGCUUCUGGCAUGAACAUUACCUCCAAAACAAGAAGGUCUAAUACAACAGAAAGUAUUAUUGGGAAGGAAAAAAAAAGAAAAGGAUCUAAAAAAAGAAAAAAGAAUCCAGAAAUUGGUUCAUGGUUAGUUAAAUUACGUUUGGCUGACAAUGGCAUAGAUGGAAGAGGAAAAGGAGGACAAAAUAUGGUCUUGGAGUUCACGCAGUUUUUAAUUUACCUAAUCAAGUACUCUGAACACCUAAUGGAACUAGACCUGGAUGGCAAUGCUAUUGGAGAACUUUGUUCAGUUGACAUAAUGGAUGCUCUUAAGGAGAGACUAAAUGCAAAGAUGCCCAACUUAACAAUUAAGGUUACAUACCAGAUUUCCUCAGAAACUUUUGGGUCAAUUUUCAAGAAUGGCAAGAGGUCCAAGUCAACUAGAAAGAAAAAGAAAAAGGUAAAUCUAUAUACUUGUUGCUUUUCCAUCAAAAGAGCAGUUCAGUGUGCCAUCAUAAAAACACAUAAAUUAUUCCAGAUAUGUACGGUUUUUUUCAUACGGUGUUUAAUGUACGUGCAUAAAAUUACACAUGCAAGAAUCAGAAGAGAUACAGGGGAACUAGUGUUAUCUACUUCACUAACAUCUACUUCUAGUCAAAAGUUCUACUCAGAAUUUCCCAGCAGCUGGAAUAUUUUUGUUAAAAUAAUCACCAGGGAAAAAAUCAACAUCAAUAUUUAAGUUGUUGUUAAUAUUGACAAUCAAUACCUAACUGAGAAACAAGUGCAGUUCAUACCCUUAGACCCUCUGCUUUCCUUUAUGACAUUGCUCCAAUAAACCCCAAUAGAAGUAGCUGUUUUCCUGCCUUACGGCUUCCACAGAGAAGUAGUGUGCAGACUGUACAUUUCAAAGGGCAAUUUUUAGUAAGUAAGCCUUUACCAGGAUGUCUGCCUGCAGUUUCCUCCCAUGCACCAGAUAGGGUUCUCUCCUAUACAACUUUCCAUGGAGCAGUUAGGCUUGCCAACUCUAUUUGAAUCUAUUCCAGGAGGUUUCAUCACAUGACAUAAUGACAUU